AUGACAACUGUAUCGAACGAAGAAACGAGGACGGACCGACUGGUCAAAUGGGCUGUGGAUCUGAAGUACAGCGACAUCCCUGACCAUGUGGUCCAACGUACCAAAGACUUCUUCCUAGACACUCUAGGCUGCGCCAUAGCAGGCCGAAAUCAUCCCGCUGUCUCUGCAAUGGUGCGAUUUGCCGCUCAAAUGGGCCCGUCGAGUGGAAAGAGUGAGCUGAUCGAUAGCUCUCACAAUCUCACCACCAGUCCGCCGUUUGCCAGUCUAAUCAAUGCGGCUGCAUCCCAUGUUGUGGAACAGGAUGACCUGCACAACCGAAGCAUCAUGCAUCCAGCAACUGUUAUUUUCCCGGCGGCUCUUGCAGUAGCUCAGGAUGUUGGCGCUAACGGACAGGAGUUCAUCACCGCCUGUGUCGUUGGAUACGAGGUCGGUUGCCGUGUUGGUGAAUAUCUGGGAAAGAGUCACUAUGAGAAAUUCCACAGCACUGCCACGGGUGGAGUGAUCGGAGUGGCAGCCGCGGUGUCUCAUCUACUCAAACUCGAUGCUAGCCAGACACUUUCAGCCGUGGGCACAGCAGGCACACAAGCUGCGGGUCUGUGGCAGUUCCUGAUGGACGCAACCCACUCAAAGCAAGUACAUACCGCCAAGGCCUGCUUUGACGGCAUAUUCGCUGCCUACAGUGCCCGGGAUGGUCUUUUAGGACCGCGAGAUAUUUUAGAGGGACCCCGUGCGAUGGGUGCGGCGCUCGUGCCUGGAAAAGCGAAUCCAGAAUCAAUUGAUCGGAAUCUGGGUCUGGAGUAUGCUGUUGUCCGCUCGAGCUUCAAGUGGCAUGCUUCCUGUCGACACACCCAUCCCAGUGUCGAUGCGCUGCUUAAUCUGAUGUCGAAGAGCGGUAUCGGGUUUGAUGAUAUUGAUUCCAUUCGUGUCCCUACGUAUCAGGCUGCGAUUAAUGUGCUGAGCUUGAGUGGAGAGGGUGAUACGGUUCACCAGAGUAAAUUCUCGAUGGGUUUCGUGCUGGCUAUUGCAGCAAAAAAGGGGCAAGCUAUGAUCACUGACUUCACAGAAGAGGAUUUGAAAGAUCCUUCACUGCGUGCUUUCCAAAAGAGAGUCAAAAUGGAGUUUGAUGCGGAACUAGACGCUCAUUUCCCGGAGAAGUGGCAGGGGACUGUCAUUGUUACUUGUAAGUCUGGAAAGACUUAUAGGGAAUCGGUUGAGUUUGCGAAAGGAGAUCCAGAGCUUCCUCUGACGCGAUCUGAGAUCGAAGCAAAGACCCGUGCACUGGCCAGUUACGGCGGGAUCGCCGAUACGGGCACGGUCGACUCGUUGAUCAAGAGAGCAUGGAACCUGGAGCAUGAGUCGGACGUUCGAGGAUUUGUCUUUUGA